ACAGAUAACAAGUUAUAAGUUCAGUGUUUAAUCGUAAUCAAUACACAGGUACAGUCUUCAUACAACAUUAAAUGUUUGGAAACAGUAAUUAUAUUGCAGAAAUAGAAGAUGGAUAUGAAUAAUGGUGUUAACCCUGCUCAAAGUGAUGUAGUGCGAAUAGAAGUGUAUGAAGGUAGAAACGCAGACCGAGUGACAGUCCACAGAGAGCCGCCGCCGCCGUACGAAGCGACGUUUGACAACGUGACGGUGAUUCAUCACCCGGUCACGGUUACUCAUACCUCUGCUGACAUACAACGUAAACUGAAGAACUCUCCUGCAUACUACAUCUGUCCUGCAUGCGAUGAAAGAAUCAUAACGAAAGUUGCUUAUUCAACCACUGAAAAAACUCAUAUGCUGGCUGGCUUUAUUUGUGGAUUUUCUUGUUGGUGUUUACUUUGCUGUUUGGCAGCAAUACCAUACUUUACAAAGACUUUUAAGAAAGCACAUCACUUCUGCCCAAAUUGCAAUACUAUGCUAGGAGUGUAUUCCCUUUUAUAACAAUACAAAAAGGUUAUUGAACUUCUGCUUCGAAUGGGUCUCGAUAGUCUAUAGUAAUACUCAUGAAUUGUUUGCACUAAACUUUUAUAAAUAUGGAUUUAAACUUUACAGGAACACAAUUUUGAAAGUUUCAAAACAAGUGUUUUUCUAAAUCAUGACAUGUAUUGCAGAUCUUUUGUAAUAAAGGAUUUUGGAACCUGGGUUUCCGAGCAUGAAGAUAAACGUGGCAACAAUAUGUAUUAGUAAAUAAGAGCCUGUCUCACUGAGGUGGCAGGAAAGAGGCUGAUAUUAAAAUGAUCAGUCAUAAUAUGUUUAUAUUGCAGCAUGAUUUGAUAUACAUAUUUAUGAAUCAGGUUUGUUAGUCCAGGGGAUGUUUUCAUGCAUUGAGUACCAAUUUCCUUUAGUACAUAUGAAUAAAUGUAAAUAUAAAACUUAUUUAAAUAAAAAUAUUGUAUUUUCUUUUUUACAACCAUUUUUUUUUUUCCAACACUUAUAACAUGAUAUUUUGCAAAUGCAGCAAAAAUUAUAUGCUUCAUUCUUGUGAGGACUUCAAACUUUUUCCUUUAGCACUCCAUCACC